AUGACUAAAGUAGAAAAUACUAUUAAUCAUUUAGUUGAUAAUCUAUCGACAGAAGAGAAUGCUAUAAAUGAAGAAAUAUCUCAUAAUCAAUUAGGAGAACUUCAUACAUUUUUAUGUUGUCGUACAACAUGUCGACGUGGUUUUAAAUUUUAUUCUGAUCAUCUUAUAUAUUUAACUGUUAAAGAUAAAAAAGAACAAUAUGAAUUCAAUCACAAUUUGAUGGUCUUGUUGUCAAGUUAUUGA